UCUGCAUCAUGGAGACAGAAGCAACCCGCAGCUAGGAGAUGAUGUGGGAGCCUAUUUCGUUGGACAACGGCCAAGGUCAUGAUGAUACCCCAAUGACAUUAAGGAUCGUGUUGGGAGAAGAAGAGCCCCUCGCUUCCGUCUCAAAGGAUCAACCCGCUGUUGAUUCACUGGAUGCUGGAAGCAUUGCUGAUGAGCCGGGCCCAAGUGGCCCAAGUGGCCCAAGUGGGGACAUCGUACCUUCCGAUUCAAGGUUAGGAUCGCUCCUGACCUCCUGCCCCCGUCCCUGUUCUCCCCAUCCUCCCCAAGCCCCACUGUCGGCUGGAUUUGAAGAGAGGAGUCAAGAGGUCGACGAUCAGGAGGAAAUCGGCACCGCCAGGGUGCCCAUAGUGAUCCCACCCGCAAUCCCGCACCAUCCCUUUCAAUGGCCUGGCAACGAAACUGAUGGGCUGGGCAUGGCCCACCGUCCAAUCCCUGUCGAGCCUCCGGAGCACAUGAAGGAGGAGGAGGAGGAGGAGGAAGAAGAAAUCCUUCCCCCGGCAUCCAAUGUCCAAUGUGGCUUCGACCCUCUUAGGCCAACUCCUUUGAGCCAUGAGGAUGGGGAUCCUGUGGCAGCCAGUGCCGGUGGCUCAGAGGACACCUCGCUCGGUUCUGAGCCCAGACGAACGGUGCCAAAGCAUCAUCAUGCUGGUCCCAUACGGCCAACUACUUUAUUAUAGAAGGUGUUUGAGAAAGUGGGGAAAGACGUGGCCAAGUGUCGAAUUUGCCUUGUGCAAGACAAAGUAUCAAAUCACGGCACAACGUCACUUUGGCGACAUCUCAAGAAGCUCCAUCCCGUAGAGCUCCAGCACCACCAAGAUGAAAUGAGUGCAUUAUCAAACACGUUGACGGCCUGGACCCCUGAAAUGUAUGGAACCACAUCCCCCAAGAAGCUUGAGUUGGAUCGAGCACUGAUCCAAAUGAUUUCGAAUGACAUGCAGCCCAUUUCGAUUGUGGAGGAUGAUGGUUUCGUGAAUUUUUGCCAAGCCAUGAACCCCAAGUAUUUGCUCCCCUCAAGACAAGUCAUUUCGAAGACAUUAAUCCCAGCCAUCUUUGAAGAGGUGCAAAGAAAAUUGGGGCACAAGCUUGUUCAAGCCAAAUGGGUGUCUUUUACCACUGAUUUGUGGACUUCCGCCAAUACCACUGGCUUCUUGGCACUCACCAUUCAUUUUUGGGAUCACGAAACAUCAACCUUACAAUGCUUUGUUCUGGAUUGCCUGCGGAUUUGGGGACGUCAUACGGCUGAUCGAUUGGGUGAAGAAAUAAAAGCGGUGCUGAUUAGAAAUGAAAUCGUUUCCAAAGUUGUGGUGGGAGUGACGGACAAUGGGGCAAAUAUCGUCAAGGCCUUGCAAAACAUUAACAUCAAGCAAAUGGCCUGCUAUGCGCAUACGCUAAAUCUGGUGGCAAAUGCGUCGUUGAGAGAAACUCCAGCCUUAGCUGCGGCCAAGGAAACUGCUUCAAGACUGGUUGAAUUAACCAAACGAAGCACGCCAACCUUGGAAAGAUUUGAACAAAUUCAACGUAAUCAGGGUUUCCCCACGGUUAAGAAAUUGAUCCAGGAUAUUUCAACGCGAUGGAAUUCUACUUUCGAAAUGAUGAACCGUCUAGUGGAGCUGAAAGGACCCGUUUCAGAACUCCUGACGGAGCCUGGCAUGAGCUCCAAGGUUGGCGUGGUUGACUCGACAACGUGGGAGGUCCUUCAUGAAGCAGUUGAUGUACUUCAACCCUUGUAUGAAGCCACUUUGGAGCUUUCUGGUGAAAAAAGCACAACUGGAUCAAAGGUCAUUCCCCUCACCAAGAUGCUGAUUUUACAAUACGCCAAUUUCACCGCGCAGUCCCUUUCCGGACUGAUAAAACACGACCUGUCCCAAGCUGUUCUUCGAAAUCUCAAUCGUCGAUUUGGGGAAGUGGAAAAAAUUAAGGAACUAGCGCUGGCAACUCUCUUGGAUCCACGUUUCAAGGCUAAUGGAUUCCGUGAUAUCCACUUGAAAAACGAAGCCUUAGAGAUCUUAAUUUCUGAGCUGGUUGGCCUGUAUUCACCCACAAAUCAAGAUCAACCCCCCAAAUCCCAGCAAAAUCCAGCCAAGCGACCUCGAUCUUCUCUCUGGGAGUCUUUUGACAAGGAUGUUGCUCAAUACGAAGCCAGGGAUACUGCGACCUAUCCGGACAUUGCCCAUACUCACCUUCACACCUACCUUUACCUCCCUUGCCAGCCUAGGCAUACCGAUCCGUUCGAUUGGUGGGUGAGGAUUGGCCAAGAAAAAUUUCCUUUUAUCUUCAUCUUGGCCCAAAAGUAUCUAACCAUUCCUGCCACUUCCGUUCCCUCUGAGAGAGUGUUUUCUUCGGCUGGCCAAAUUAUUUCGAAGAAACGGAAUCGAAUUGGCGACGAGUGUGCCCGGAAGCUAAUCUGUCUUCACGCAAACAUAAACAAAAUCUAAUCUUCCCCACUUUCUCAUAUGUUUUCAAUAAUGCUUCCUUAAUUUUCGCUUGUUAAUACAUUCCCUCAUUUUACACAUUGUCUUAUUCCUAUUUACAUUCAAAGGCCAGAGGUGAAAUCCAAAUUGCUUUUAUAGGGAUCUUUGUGCUAAACCUGGUCAAUUUUGAAUGGGAU